AAUUGGUACAGGACCAAACCAUUGACCAUCCACCCAUCCAUCCAUCCAUCCGCAUGCAACCCAAAAUCCCAACUCAAGAAACCCCAAAAAUCUUCUAAUCCCCCUCAAGAAAUUUCCUCAACCUCUUGCGAAUUUUCCCUUCUCCAUUAAUAAAUUCUGAUAUCGAAAAGCGGCAAAUAUUGAAAACCCAGAAGAAGGGUUUGAUUUUGGGUUCUCCCGAUUGAGGGUUUUUUCUGCUUCUUUUCAGGUCGAUUUCGAGGUUAAUUUUUGCUGAUUCUGUAUCAGCUUUCAACAGAGGGUACAAAAUCUAUGGUAAAAGAGUUGGUCUUCCUGAAAAAGCAGAGUUAGGACGAAGGGACCGAUGUCGUUAGUUAGGCCGUCUGAUCCAUCUCCGUUAUCGUACGGAAGUCGGAAGCUUUACUCGUUGAAGGGGACCAAGAAUGCUCCUGAUUUGUCGAACCAAACAUUUGGCUCCGACAAGAAUAGGACAAUGUACAUGAAUGAUUCAUAUUGCAGUGAGAACUAUGAGAAGUAUUUCCUCAACUUCCCGAUAGAAGAGUUGUCAAUUUCGGGCAUUUCUACCAAUUCGUUUCACCCAGAUGCUGCCUCGUUUGGGCUAAGGGCUGAUUCUCUCUCCCCUUUGUCUGGUUCGUUUACAAUUUUUGAUGCUUAUCAAUCAAACUCUGAAUCAGCUUGCCUCGAGAGUACAAGUCCAGAAGCAUUGGAUUUUGAGGAUGAUCAAGUGAGACUGAAGUUGCAAGAAUUGGAGAGAGAUCUGCUUGGUGACCCCGAUGCUGCUGAUUAUGAGGACGUGAUAUUUGCAAAUGGCCAAAGCAUGGAAAUCGAUAGCGAAUGGGCAAACUCGAUUCGAGACGCUCUGCUUCAUGACUCGCCAAAGGAAUCUUCAUCGACUGAUUCUAAUUUCAGUACCAUCAGCAGCAAUAAGGAUGCAUCACAGAUAUCUUCACUGAAUCCCAGACAAAUGCUUUUAGAAUGUGCUUCUGCUAUCUCAGAGCAGAACAUUGGAGAAGCAUCAGCCAUGAUCGAACAGCUCCGGGGGAUGGUUUCUGUUCAGGGAGAUCCCUCACAGAGGAUUGCUGCGUAUAUGGUGGAAGGUCUUGCUGCUCGGAUAUUGGAAUCGGGUAAAUGUCUUUAUAAAGCUUUGAGAUGCAAAGAACCCCCUUCCUCUGACCGUCUCGCAGCUAUGCAGAUCCUUUUCGAGGUCUGUCCUUGCUUCAAAUUUGGCUUUAUGGCUGCGAAUUGUGCCAUCAUCGAGGCAGCAAAAGAUGAGAAGAGAAUUCAUAUAGUCGAUUUUGACGUAAGCCAAGGAACUCAAUACAUAAAAUUGAUUCAGAUGUUAGCAACCCAGCCAGGUAAGCCACCACACUUGAGGUUAACCGGGGUUGAUGACCCCGAAUCGGUACAGCGCCCUGUUGGAGGUCUUAGACACAUUGGACAAAGGCUUGAGCAGCUGGCAAAAGCGCUGCGGGUUCCAUUUGAGUUUCGUGCAAUCGCCUCAAAUGCUUCAGAUGUCACUCCCUCAAUGCUCGCCUCCCGACCUGGAGAAGCACUCAUAGUCAACUUCGCUUUUCUGCUUCACCACAUGCCAGAUGAAAGCGUUUCGACCGUAAACCUACGAGACCGACUUCUCCGAAUGGUCAAGAGCUUGAACCCAAAACUCGUAACAGUCGUCGAACAAGACAUGAACGCAAACACCACCCCAUUCUUUGCAAGAUUCGUCGAAACCUACAAGUACUACUCAGCCAUUUACGAUUCUCUCGAUGCGACACUCCCAAGGGACAGUCAAGACAGAAUAAACGUCGAAAGGCAGUGCUUGGCAAAGGACAUAGUCAACAUAGUAGCUUGUGAAGGCGAAGACAGAGUAGAGCGAUAUGAAGUCGCAGGGAAAUGGAGAGCAAGAAUGAUGAUGGCGGGGUUCACUUCAUGUUCGAUGAGCGAAAACGUGACCGACCCGAUCCGUAAACUUGUCGAGGAGUAUUGCGACCGGUUCAAGAUGUACGAUGAAAUGGGGACAAUUCAUUUUGGGUGGGAAGAGAAAAGUUUGGUUGUAACUUCGGCAUGGAGGUAAGAAAAAAAGUUGCAGUCUUUUUCCAUGGUGUUGUAUCUGUAUGCUGCUUCAAAUUUCAAUACUUGUGUGUGUGAAAUGUGAGAGAAGAUAGCUUUAUGUUUCAUUCUAAUUGUCUAACAUUAGUUACAGUCUUAUCCUUUCUUUUC